CUGCCCCGGGUGAUACGACAAGAAAUCGCCUCCUGGCCGGGCCCCAAGCAAAACACGGGAUUAACUUUGCCCUGUGCUGGCUGGUGGCUGUUGGGAGGCGGUGAGAGCUGCUCCUACCAGCGCCGGAGCGGAGCCUGCAAGGAUGGGGGCCCGGCUGCUCUGCCUCUGCCUGCUCACUGCCCUCCUCGGCUACUACAUCUACACCCCGCUCCCCGAGGACCUGGCGGAGCCCUGGAAAGUGAUGCUCGUCUCGGCUGCCUUCAGGGCCGUGGGGCACCUGUCCGAGGCAGCUGAUCUGCUGGGGCUGAUGCACUACAUGGAGGGCAUGAGGCUCAUCACAGUUCUCGAGCUUGUUUCUCCCUCACCCGAUGAAAAUGUCACUGUGACGGACACAAAGUUCAACAACGUCCCUGUCCGCCUGUACCUGCCCAGGAGGGCACCUGCUGGGCUCAGGAGGGCCAUGGUCUACUUCCACGGUGGGGGGUGGUGCCUGGGAGAUGCAGGCAUGAAAUCCUAUGAUCACAUAUCACGGCGGAUUUCGAACGAGCUAAAUGCUGUCGUGGUGUCAGUCAACUACCGUUUGGCACCUCAGCACCAUUUCCCUGUCCAGUUUGAAGACGUGUACUCGGUGACCAAGUUCUUCCUCCAGAGCAAGGUCCUGUCCCAGUACGGGGUGGACCCCGCGCGGGUCUGCGUGGCCGGGGACAGCGCCGGGGGCAACCUGGCCGCGGCCGUGGCACAACAGCUGUUGGACGACCCUGAAGUCAAAACCAAGCUCAAAGCUCAAAUUUUGCUCUACCCUGCUCUGCAGGCCCUGGACCUGAAUCUGCCGUCCUACCGAGACAAUGACAACAAGCCGCUCUUGCCCAGGUCGCUGAUGGUCAGGCUCUGGAGCGAGUAUUUCACGUCGGACCCCGCCCUCAGGGAGGCCAUGGCCUCCAACAGGCACGUCCCCGCCGACUCCGGCCACUUGUUCCAGUUUGUGAACUGGAGCCGCUUGCUGCCCGCGGAGAUGCGGAAGGCGCACGAGUACGGCGGGCCUGCGGUCGGCGGCGCGGGGCUGGCACACGGGCACCGCGGGUUCCUGGACCCGCGCGCGUCCCCGCUGCUGGCCAGCGAUGCCCGGCUGCACGGCCUGCCCCCCGCCUACAUCCUCACCUGCGAGCACGACGUGCUGCGGGACGACGGGGUGAUGUACGCGCAGCGGCUCCGCGCCGCCGGCGUGCCCGUCACGCACCACCACGCCAAGGACGCCUUCCACGGGGCCAUGAUGUUCGUCGUGUGGCCGUUCGAGCUGGCUGUGGGGCACCGGCUCUUCAGCACAUGCAUGGACUGGCUGAGUGAGAAUCUGUGAGCUGGAAACGGUGCCCUAUUCGCCCUCCUCACACCUGCCAGGUGUGACUGGGGGCAUAGGAGCUGUGCUGGAUUUUGGCCGUGAUUGCUGUCUCCCUUGCGAUGCCCACAGGGUUGGGACUGGAGCGUUUCCCAUCUUCUCUGGCAGAAAUCAGGCUGAUCCUAACCCACGUGUUCUUCCAGUGCUGUCAUCUGAGCCUCAAACCCCCAGACUGCCAGGACUGCCCUGGGGUUCCUCUUCUGGCCCUGCAGCCUCUGGGAUUUGGUGUCUUGUCUCUAUUGCUGCUUCUUUCUUCCCAUCACAACAUCUUCAGGGUGUGUGCCGAAGGGCUGGGUCGCUGUGGGCCCAUGGGACGUGCUUGGUGGCUGCUUUGCUCCUGUCCCCUUUGGCUCUGUGGGAUGUGGCAGCAGGGCCCUACUGCUGCCAGGGUGAUGGGCUGAACAGGAGCACCAGGACCUGGCUGCAGGAGGCUCAGGGCAGCUGGAGGGACCUGCCCACUGCAGGCUGGGCUGGGGCUACUGUUCCUGCCCUGCACAGCUGCAGGGAAGCCCUUGGAGACCCAGUGGGAUGGCUGAAAAAUUGUGCAAGUGUUUUGGGCUUUGUUUGUUUGUUUUGGGGGUUUUGUUUAUUUGGGGUUUUUUGUUGUGCUAUGUUUUUGGGGUUUUUUUUUAAGCACCUGUCUUACUCCUACUUGCUUUCUUUAAUCCUUGAACUAGCAGGAAAUAGUGAAACAAACCAGCACUGGAUAUUCACUGGAAAAAGGCAGCUGUGAAAGUCCCAGCUUUACUGCUGCAUUGUCUGUGCUCUACUUAUCUGUUAAGUCAUGUACUAGGCGUCCUAAUUGUCCUCAAAAUUGUUUAUCAGAUUUUACACAUGAUUUCUUAAAAGUAAAAUUAGCUUAGUAGCUUUAUAGGCUUGAAAAAACAUAGUUCAGCUGUCUGUGUGGAACAAAUAACCUCUGUGUAAAUGGUUUGUAUGUUAAAUAUAAACCUAAAACUUGUGACUGAAGCAUGAAUGCAGGGGUUGGCUGUUGGUUUAAGCAAAUCAAACACUGAACAGGUACUUUGUGUAUCCUGCUUUCCUUUUGCAUAAAAGGUACUGAAUCUUCCAUAAUUCCGGGCUAUUUUUCCUGAGUGCGUGCAGCCUGUUCAGAUGGAAUGUGUAUGGGAUGAUUGCUGUUCUUCAUCUUUAUUAAGCAGAAUAUAAAUAUUAAACUUGUCUUUGAUUCCAGUGCAA